UCACACCCACACCCAGAGAGAGAGAGCGAGCUCCUUCCUUGUUCGUCGAACCUUCUUCGCUCGUCUCCCUUCGAUUCCGUUUAAAUCCUCGCCCGCUUCCCCCUCGCGGUUCGAUCCCUCACACACCGGCGACCGGCGACCGAAGAGGAGGCGGCGGCGGCGGCGGCGGAGGAGUUUUUUUUUUUUGUUGGAGGGUUUUGGUUUUGGUCUGGUGUUGCUGCUGCCAUGGCGGAGGCGCGCAUGUUCCCGCGGCCUAACCAGCCCCCAGAUAUUUCGCAGAUGGUGCUGGAGGCUCAGAAGCGAUGGUUGCGACCCACUGAAAUAUGCGAAAUACUCUCAAAUUACAGGAGUUUUUCUCUCUCACCCGAGCCACCAAACAGGCCCGAAAGUGGUUCUCUUUUUCUAUUUGAUCGCAAAACAUUAAGAUACUUCAGAAAGGAUGGGCAUAACUGGAGGAAGAAAAAAGAUGGGAAGACCGUUAAAGAAGCUCAUGAGAAACUAAAAGCUGGCAGCAUUGAUGUUCUACACUGCUACUAUGCUCAUGGGGAGGAAAACGAGAACUUUCAAAGAAGAACUUAUUGGCUAUUGGAAGAGGAUUUCACACACAUUGUUCUUGUACACUAUCUUGAAGUCAAGGGUUCAAAGCAAAUUAGUCGUGCUAAAGAAGAGAUUAUGCAGUUGUCCGGUGCUGAUAGUCCAUCGUGUUCAAAUUCUAUUACUAGUCAGAACCAGAUGACCCCACAGAUCAUGGAUGCAGCUGAAAGCCCAAUUAGUGGGCAGAUUUCAGAGUAUGAGGGUGCUGAACCAGCAGAUAAUUGCCGAGCAAGCUCCAGAUACCACCCUUUCAUUGAGAUGCAGCAGCCUAUGGAUGGAAUCGUGAUGGAUGACAUUUUAUACCCUUCUGCUUCAGCCAUCUGUAACCAAGGUUAUCAUGGUGAUUUGCUGCCAGGAACAUCUAAUCUAAACAGCCAUUCAUUUACUCACAGUGACAUAGCUAGAAUGUUUGAUGAGCCUUUCUCAGGAUAUGCCAAUGGAUUCACGGAGCCAACUCUUCAUUCUUCAUUUUCCAUGAUAGAGGCUAACAAUCUGGAGGAUAGCUCUCUUCUGGAGACAUUUACAUCUGAAGCUCUUUACACUAACAACCUUAGCCAGAAGGAAGCUGAUGCACUGAGUUUUGCAGGCAUACAAUCGUCACAGGUCAAUGGUAAUAAAUAUACUGAAGGAAGCACCAAACAUUCACUCCUGAAGCAAUUGUCAGUAGAUCUAUUUAAGAUCGAGUCUACUGGUUUAAAGAAACAUGACAGCUUUUCAAGGUGGAUGAGUAAAGAACUUGGAGAGGUGGUUGAUUUGGAUAUCAAAUCAAGUUCUGAUGCAUUCUGGAGUAGCAGUGAGAUUGUGAACGCUGCUGAUGGUCCUAGUGCUCCAACUAACGGACAGCUAGAUGCGUAUGUAGUGAGCCCUUCACUUGCGCAAGACCAACUAUUCAGCAUUCUUGACAUUUCACCAAACUGCUCAUAUAUUGGUUCAAAGACAAAGGUUUUGGUUACUGGUACAUUCUUGGCAGAGAAUGUGGAAAAUUGCAAGUGGUCAUGCAUGUUUGGGGAUGUUGAAGUACCAGCUGAGGUUUUAGCUGAUGGUGCCCUACGCUGCUAUGCACCAGAACAUCAAUCUGGAAGAGUUCCCUUUUAUGUGACAUGCUCAAACAGGAUCGCUUGUAGUGAAGUGCGGGAAUUCGAGUACCGGGAUUCUGAUGCUCAGUACACAGAGGCAUCCGCAUCACAUUCUCAAGCCAAUGUUAUAAAUGAAAUGCAUCUACAAAUUCGUCUUGAGAAGCUACUCUCUUUGGGACCAAAUGACAAUCAACUGCUUGUUUGUGGAAAUGAGAAACAUGAGUUAAUCAAUGCUAUAAACUCCCUAAUGCUAGAUGAGAAAUGGUCAGACCAGGAAUCACCGUCUGGCUUGACAGAUGAUCUCACUACAACGAACCAAAGUUUAAAGAAAUUGGUGAAAGAAAAGCUUCAUUGCUGGCUUAUUUGUAAAAUAAGCAAUAGUGAGAAGGGCCCAAAUGUGCUUGGGAAGGAGGGGCAGGGUGUAAUUCAUCUGGCGGCUGCCCUGGGUUAUGAUUGGGCUAUAAGACCGAUACUUGUUUCUGGUGUCAAUAUAAACUUUCGGGAUGCUCAUGGAUGGACUGCACUUCAUUGGGCUGCAUCUUGUGGAAGAGAGCGGACAAUAGGCGUCCUUAUAGCAAACGGAGCUGCAGCAGGUGCAUUAACAGAUCCUACUUCUGAAUUUCCUUCUGGAAGAACUCCAGCCGAUUUAGCCUCUACAAAUGGACACAAGGGAAUUGCUGGUUUUCUUGCGGAAUCUGCUUUGACAAGCCAUCUAUCAGCACUUAGCAUAAAGGACUCAAAAGAUAGCAGUGUGGGAGAAGCUUGUGGAUUAACUAUUGCUGAAGAUUUCCCUCAAACUAGUUAUGCUCAGCUUGCUGUAGAGGAUUCUCAUGCUGAUCCAUUAAAGGAUUCGUUAAGUGCUGUUCGUAAAUCCACUCAAGCUGCUGCUAGGAUAUUCCAAGCCUUCAGGGUGGAAUCAUUCCACAGAAAGAAGGUUGUGGAAUAUGGAGAUGAGGACUGUGGGUUAUCUGAUGAACACACACUUUCACUUAUAUCUCUUGGAAAUGCCAAACAAGGGCAACAUGAUACACAUUUGCAUUCUGCUGCUGUCCGUAUCCAAAACAAGUUCCGAGGAUGGAAAGGAAGAAAGGAGUUUAUGAUCAUUCGCCAAAGAAUCGUCAAACUACAGGCUCAUGUACGGGGACAUCAAGUGAGGAGAAACUAUAAAAAAGUAGUCUGGUCAGUUGGUAUUGUUGAGAAAGUUAUACUGAGAUGGAGGAGAAAGAGACCUGGCUUGCGUGCCUUUCGACUUGAGAAACAGUUAGAAAGCCAGUCACAAAUCCAACCUGCAAAAACAGAGGAUGAAUACGAUUUCUUGCAGGAUGGCAGAAGGCAGGCUGAAGCCAGACUACAAAGAGCACUGGAACGUGUGCGCUCUAUGACUCAAUACCCAGAAGCAAGAGAACAGUACCACAGGCUUACAACUUGUGUUGCUGAAAUGCAACAGUCCAGGGUACUACACUAGCAAGCACCAAUUUUGUCCAUAGAUGUUACAAUAAGAGGUGAUGCAGGACGAGAUGCUAAGUGAGGCAGCUGGUGCUGAUGGAAGUGAUUUCAUGCUGGACUAGAGGACUUGAUAUGCAGAGACGAUUCCCAGAUGUCUGCCAUUUGGUGAUAUUGAAGUUGUUAGAUCAGUUAGGCUGAUCAUUGCCAUAUUAGCCUUGUAAAUUCUUCCGUGGUAGUUCACUCAUUGCUUAAUAUCUAGCUCUCAUGCUGUUAGUACUAUAUAACUCCCUGCACUGAUCAUAAAUAGAAUAUUUUUCCUCCUGUAUAUUACCGGCAGGCUGUGCUCCAGUUGUUCAGUUUACUUGGUAUGCAUUAUCUGGACAAUGGAAUAUAAGAAUUUUUAUUUGUUUUUUUAAA